GUCGAUUUUCUCUUCUUUUUGGCUUAGGGCAAGCCUUUGCAAGGGGAGACGGAGAAAAAUGAUUGACGAGUGUUUGGGACCUCAGAGAUCUAGAAAGGUCCAGAGAGCUCUCCGUCAUUUGAAGGUCAUGAUCCUGUGUCUUGUCCUCACCGUCGUCGUCCUCCGCGGCACCAUUGGCACUGGCAAGUUCGGUACCCCAAAUCAAGACUUGAACGAGAUCCGUGACCAUUUUAACUUUCGCAGGCGCACCGAGCUACAUCGCAUUCUUGAGGAGAUGAUGGCAGCUACCGGUGCCGGAGAUUCACUCACUGAAAAUCCCAUAACCUAUGACAGAUUCCAAGAGCUCAAGGCCUUUGACGAAUCAAAAGCCGGGGUCAAGGGCCUCGUUGAUGACGGAAUCACCAACAUUCCCCUGAUUUUCCGCCGGCCGAUGGAGGAGAUCGCCUACGGCGAUUGGAAUUCCGCUGAACUGACUCAAACCCAGUUAAUAACUCUGGUCGUUGAUCUUGGAGACAUCGAACAGAAGCAUGAUAACGUGGUCGCAAGGGUGAGACAAGCAGCAGAGGAAGUGGGGUUUUUCCAGGUGAUGAACCAAGGGGUUCCGUUCAAGGUUUUGGAGGAGAUGUUGGCGGCGGCACGUGGUUUCCAUGAGCUGCCGAGGGAGGUGAAGGAGGGGUAUUACACGAGGGGAUUGACGUGGAAGGUGAAGUUUGGGAGUAAUUUCGAUCUGUACCAGUCCAAGUAUGCUAAUUGGAGGGACAUUUUAAUCUUGUCUGCAAAGAAAAUGUCAGGCACCGGAGAAUUGCCGCCUGAACCUUUACCAGAUUAUGACAGGACCAAAGAGUUGAAGGCUUUUGAUGACACAAAAGCAGGUGUUAAAGGACUAGUUGAUGCUGGGAUUGUUAGCAUCCCCAGGAUAUUCAUCCGACCGCCUGAGGAGCUUGCUGAGGAACUAAAUUCAUGCCAUGGAGACAUCCAAGUUCCAGUUAUAGAUCUCAGCAACAUCCAGAGCUCUGAUCGACGCAAGGAGAUUGUAGAUGAAAUAAGGGUUGCAUCAGCAGAAUGGGGCUUUUUCCAGGUAAUAAAUCAUGAGAUCCCUUUAAGUGUGUUAGAUGAGGUGAUUGAUGGGACACGCAGAUGAAAGUCUAAUAAUGGUGCUUUUGAACUUUAUGGAUUAUUUCAAGUUUCAGUAAUGCUAUGUUAUGUUGGUGUUGUCCUUAUUAUUACUUUCCGGAUUCUGCAAGAACAUAAAAAUUGGCAGAAAGUGUUCUUAAUUAAGGAAAUAUUGUAUU